CGCCGGGCCCUGCGCGCCACUAGCUCGCGGAGAGGGAGGAGAAAGCCAGUUCCGGAGCCCUCCCUAUCCCGGCCCAACCUUUGCUCUAGCGAUCAUGGCUGCCGAGGAUGUGGCGGCGACCGGCGCCGACCCGAGCGAGCUAGAGGGCGGCGGGCUGCUGCACGAGAUUUUCACGUCGCCGCUCAACCUGCUGCUGCUCGGCCUCUGCAUCUUCCUGCUUUACAAGAUCGUGCGCGGGGACCAGCCGACGGCCAGCGACAGCGACGACGACGAGCCGCCCCCGCUGCCCCGCCUUCAGCGGCGCGACUUCACCCCUGCCGAGCUGCGGCGCUUCGAUGGCGUCCAGGACCCGCGUAUACUCAUGGCCAUCAACGGCAAGGUGUUCGACGUGACCAAAGGCGAUGGGGCGGCGACCGGCGCCGACCCGAGCGAGCUAGAGGGCGGCGGGCUGCUGCACGAGAUUUUCACGUCGCCGCUCAACCUGCUGCUGCUCGGCCUCUGCAUCUUCCUGCUUUACAAGAUCGUGCGCGGGGACCAGCCGACGGCCAGCGACAGCGACGACGACGAGCCGCCCCCGCUGCCCCGCCUUAAGCGGCGCGACUUCACCCCUGCCGAGCUGCGGCGCUUCGACGGCGUCCAGGACCCGCGUAUACUCAUGGCCAUCAACGGCAAGGUGUUCGACGUGACCAAAGGCCGCAAGUUCUACGGGCCUGAGGGGCCAUACGGGGUCUUUGCCGGAAGAGACGCAUCCAGGGGCCUUGCCACAUUUUGCCUGGAUAAGGAAGCACUGAAGGACGAGUACGAUGACCUUUCUGACCUCACUCCUGCCCAGCAGGAGACCCUGAAUGACUGGGACUCUCAGUUCACUUUCAAGUAUCAUCACGUGGGCAAGCUGCUGAAGGAGGGGGAGGAGCGCACUGUGUACUCAGAUGAGGAGGAGCCAAAGGAUGAGAGUGCUCGGAAAAACGAUUAAAGCCUGCAGUGGACGCAUAUCUAUUUUUGUAUUUUGCAGAAUCAUUUGUAACAUUCCAGUCUGUCUUUAAAACAUGGUGAUUUCAAUAUUUAGAAAAGUUUUGAACUUGCUGUACGUUUUUUAAAUUAACAUCACUAGUGACACUGAUAAAGCUAACUUCUGUCUUAGAAUGCAUGAUAUGUUCGUGUGUCACAAAUCCAGAACGUGAACUGCAGUGCUGUAAUACAAACGUUAUUACUGUUUUUCUUCCAUCUGUAGUCAGUACAGGCUGCAUUUGAAUUUGUUUGUCCUGAGAGACAGGUAAGACGUGGGUAUUUGCCCCAAACAGGUAAAAAUGUUAAACGUGCGAAGUCCUUCAAGCAUCGAGGAACAAAGGAUCAACUUUUAGUCAUGAUGUUCUCUGAAGACAGCAAAUCCCUUACUUCUCAAUUGACUUAACUGCAUGAUUUCUGUUUUAUCUACCUCUAAAGCAAAUCUGCAGUGUUCCACAGGCUUUGGUAUUGAUUAAAGAGAGGUGUCCAGUAACAAAAUGAAAUCUCAAAGCUGGGCUCAACUGCAAGAAAUCUGUUUUCUUUGUUUCCAGUCUGCAUCAUUGUCCUUGUCCUCCUUGGGACCCUCAGAUGCCCUCACUAACACAGUAAUCUACAGUGAGGAUUAAAACAGGAUGUGAACAUUCGAAAGCAAGCUUUGGAAAACAUCAGCUGGCUUGCCUAAAAACCUAAAAUACAUGAAUAAGAUUGUAGGACUAUCUUCCCAAUCCCCACGUUCCUGGUUAAUUUUACACGGUUGGACGUGAGAGAGGGGCAUGCAGAACAGGAACAGGUGAUUGCUCUCCUAAGAGCCUUCACACCCCUGAAGAAUGAGGAAGCCGUAUAUCCAUCACUAGCCAAGUGGUUUUUAAAGUGUCUUCAUAAAGUAACAGUUAUUCUUCUGUUGUUACAAAACUAUAGCCACUGCAAGAGUAGUAGUCAAGUGUCUUGGUCUUUGAUAUUGGUCUUUUGGUUAACAAUAAACUUAGCUUAAGUAGACUGUACAGUUGUAUGAAUUUGUAAAAGUAUUAUAUGAACAAUUAGUGAGGUUUCUUGUAGUUGAAUAGUCGUUGUAUUUUCUUGUGAACUGUGUUUAAUGGUUUUACCUCAAAUCAGAAAACAAAAUGAAGUGCUUUGGUCAGUUAAUAAAAUGGUUUUACCCAGUA